UGCGCACUAAAACAGAGCGAAAUUCAAAGGAUGUCCGUCAAAAUUUGGAAAACUCCAAACAAAUUUUAAAUGUAAUGUCCUACUAACGAAGAAAAUUUUGAGAAGAUGAGUUGGGCAGCAGAGGAAUGGAAGUCGGACCUGUCGCACCAGGCGUUGCAGAAGGUGGAGCAGUUGGAAGGCCAGAUAACACGACUGAAGAAGGAUGUAGAGAUGAAACAGUUCAAGAUGGACAGCAUGGAACAAGUAAUACAGAAGGAAAAAAGAAAAGCUGAAGAUGAGAGGUCACAGAUGUCCGCCCUCAAAAGAGAGUCACAGAGUUUGUCAGAGGCUUGUGAAGAGGUGGAACAAAAACGCCAGAAACUGGCCACAGAUUUACAUACCAAGGAAACACAUAUUGGUACCCUAAAUGGACAGAUUGCUCAUCUGAAGAAGGUUCUUGAACAAGAAAAUAGCAAGGUUUCCCAUUUGCAGACCAGUAUUGAAAAGCUUGAGAUGGAUCAGAUUGGUAAGGGAGAUAAAUACGAAAAACUUCUUGCUGAACAUGAAAAGCUGAAACAAAUGAGUCAGCAUCAGAGCAAAGACAGUUCAGCCCUGAGAAAUGAGUGUAAUACACUCAAGCAUAAAUCUUCAGACAUGGAAAAUCAGCUGCAUGCUCUUCAGGCUGAGAAUGAAGAGUUAAAAUCAAAGCUUAAAGAUAAGGGGUCAGUGAAGGAAUCAGAGUUCAAAAAUGUACAAGAGCAGCUUAAAUUAGAGAAAGAAAAUAUGAAAAUACUAGAAAAGAAGCUAUCUACUGAGAUCAAAAGCCUUAAAGAUUUAUUAGACAAGAAAGAACAUGAAAUGGACAAAAUUAAGACAGAGGCCAAAACAAAAGAGGAGAAACUUGUUAAUAUGUUGAAAGCCUUAACAAAUGAAAUUCAGAAUUUGAAAGAUAGCACUGGUCGUAAAUUGUCACAAGAUACCCAGGCCAAGGCUAAACUUGACAUGGAAAUAGGUGAAUUAAAAAAUAAUCUGACAGCAAAAGAUCAGGAAAAUGAAAAAUUGAACAAAGAUUUGAAAUUUUUGAGAGACUCCUUGACGAACGCUCAAACAUUGAGUGAAUCUCUGAAAUGUGAUUUGAAAAAUAAAGAGGCAUCACUUAGUCAGCAGAAAGCUAGUGUGGAUCUUCUUCAGAAAGAUCUUGAUAAACAAGUAAGAGAGCUGACAGAUAAGAAUGAUGGACUAGAGCAAAAGAUUAAAAGUAUAAUGUCAGAGCUUGAUAAUGUGAAAGAUUCCAGAAAGAAUUUCCAGACAAGUGUUGAAAAUAAAGAAAGACAAAUUCAAGACAUUCAGUCAGAAUUGAAAAAUCUUGAAAAUGAAAAGGACACAUUAGAAAAGAAAGUAAUUGGUCUAGAAAAAACAAAGUGUACUCUUGCAUCUACUCUUGGACAACUUAAGCAGGAAACUGAGAAGCAAAUGAAUAUGAAUUGCUCAUUCAAGCAGGAGAUACAGGAAUUGAAAAAUAUUGUGGAUGGAAAAGAAAGAGAAUUGUCUCAGGUGCAGACUGAACUAUCACACAAAGGAGACACGCUUGAGGAAAGUCAAAACAAACUAGACCGUGCUACAAAUGAAUUGCAACAAUCUCAACAAACAGUGAUAAAUUUAAAAACUGAAAUGGAAGCCACCCAACUUCAGUUACAGGAAGAAAAAAAUAAGAUUGAAAAUGAAAUAUGUAAGUAUGAGGCUAACAUUAAAUCCUUUAAAGCAGAAAUAGAGAAAUUGAGUAGUGAGAAGUCAUGCCUGAGUGAUGAUCUUGAAAAGAAAAGUGCUUGUUUACAAGAGAGUCAUAAUGAGAUUGAAUUGUUGCAAGUAUCAAAGACAGAAUUAGAGAAACAAAUGAAAAGCUCAGAAAGUGAAAAGAUGGAUUUAAACCUCAAAUUUGAAAAGGCUAUUGGUGAACUUGGCGAAAGUAAGGAACAAGUGUUUAAACUAGAGAAGGCACUAGAUGAAACCAAAUUUUCUUUGGAAAGUGCUGAAAGCAAGGUCACACAAACUGAACUAAAACUUAAUGAAUGUGAAUUGGCAAAGAAUAAAUUAUCAGAACAGUUGAAUGCAGUGCACAAAGAGAAGGAAAGCUUGGAAAUUCAGAAUAAAGGACACCUUGAAAAUUUUGAUGUCCUUAAACAUGAGCUUGAAGUAAGCCAGCAACAAAAUGCAAUUGAUCAGAGCAAAAUAGUUGAAUUAAAUCAAGCAAUAAGUACCUUAAAAGAUGAGCUUUGUGCAAGAGAUUUAAGUGAAAAAGAGCUUUCAGCAAAACUUUUGUCUGAAACAGAGUCAUUAAGUAGUGAAUUAGCAGAGAAAAAUAGCAUUAUUGAUCAGGUAAGAUCAGAAAACAGCUCUCAUGUAGAGAAACUUGAACAGAUAUCAGAGACAGUUAGGUCUUUAGAAUUAUCAAAAACAGAUCUUGAAGUACAAGUAAAAGAUUAUGAAGCAAAAUAUGAAGAAGCUGCUUUAAGAAUAGCAACAUUGACAAAUUUAGAAGAGCAGCUUACUGCAAAGGGUCUUGAACAUGCCAAAGAAAUAGCUGAAUUGAAAGACUCCUUAAAUGAAAAAGAGACAUUAAAUUCUGGUAUGACAGCACAACUAAGACAGCUAGAAGAAGAUCUUAAAUCAGAAUGUGAUGGUAAAGAUGAGGAAAUUCUGGUUUUAAAGAAAGAAAUUGAUAGAUCAAAGAAUGAACUUGAAAAUCUUUUAAAACAGAAUGAAGAGUCCUUAGAUAAAUUUAGAGAUCUUGAAGAAAAGUGUUCCAGACAAGAUAAAGACAUAGAAAAUGCAAAUUUCUCUUUAGAACAGAUGAAGCAAGAAAAUGAUAAGCUAAGCAUGAAACUGAUAGAUCUUGAACAUCAAAAUUCUGAAAUGAAGGAUGCUCUCAGCAUCAAAGAGUGCGAGUUUAAUCAGAUGAACUCUGAAGCUAAAACAAAAAUUGAUGAGCUUGAACUGCAUGUUGCUGAUAAAGAAUCAAAAAUUGAAUUGCUUGCAAAAGAAAUAGAAUGCAAGUCAGAAAGUUUAGAGACAAAAACUUUGAUGUUAGACAAGGUCUCAGUAGAAAAAGAGGAGUUGUUGUCUAAACUUAAUUCAUCUGAAAGAAAAUUAGAUGAAUUUGAUUUUACCAUACAGGAUUACAGGCAGAAAGAAGAAAAAUUGAAUUCUGAAAUUGCAAGAUUGAACAACGAAUUGGUUAGUCUAAAAGAUCAAUUAGUGGAUCAGGAAAUGGACCAGUCAGUUAACUCUGCAAAUCUAAACCAAAAAAUCCAAAGUUUACAGAGUAAUAUUGAGGGUACAGAACAAAAACUAAGAACUGCUGAAGAUGAACUGCAGCGGAAAUCGGAAGAAAUGAAUGCAAAAUCAGAAGAGUUUGACAAUAUAAGUGAUAUAAAAAAUGAACUUGAGUCAAAAGUCUUUAGUUUAGAGAAGGAAAUUGAAAGUCUCACUUUUUCAUUAGAGGAGUCAAAACUUAUGGAAGAAAAACAAGACAAAAGUUUGCAGGAACUUAGUGAAAUGAUAAAGACUUUAAAAGAUGAAGUUGAUGAACAUAAAAGUGAGAUUGCUGAAAAGGAAGCAAUGAUUAAUAACCUUACAAAGGAGAUUGAACAACUUCAGGAUAAUGUAGAUGAGCUGAGGACUUCAGAUCAACAGCAGCUGAAUACUAUUGGGGACCAAAAUAGUGAAAUACAAGCUUUGAAAGAUAAGAUAAAGGAAAAAGAAUUGCAUGAUUCUGCUAAUAGUGCAAAGCUUAGUCAAGAAUUAGACGAGUUUAAAAGUAAAUCAGAUGUUUUAGAAAAAGAAAAAAUGACUUUAGAGAAAUUAAAUGACAAUCUGAAUAGUCAAUUUGAAAAAGCAAAUGAAACUUUAGAAAAGGUUAAUUGUGAGAAAGAAGACUUAUUUGUGCUUUCACAGCAACAAGAAAAAAAUUUGGAAGAACUUAAAUUUGCCCUUCAAGAAUUAAAAAGGGUUGAAGAAAAGCAAAUUUCGGAACUUGAACAGUUAAAAAAUGACAUGAAAUGUUUGAAGGAUGAACUAAGUGACUGUACUAUGGAGUCAUCAGUGAAACUAGCUACACUUAAUCAAGAGUUAAAUGAGAUGAAAAACAUUAUGUCAGGAAAGGAUUGUGAACUGGAAAGUUUAAGAAAUGAAGUAGCACUUAAAGAAAAGGAUAUUGAACAGUUAUCUCAAACAAAGAAGAACUUAUCUGAUGAAAAAUCAGAAUUAGAGUCUAUGCUUUUUGUUGAAAAGACUAAAGUAGAAGAAUUUGAACAUACUUUAUGUGAAAUGAAAACAGCUGAGGUUAAAUAUCAGGAGCGAAUAUCAGAGCUUCAACAUGAAAUUGAAAAACUCCAAGAUGAUCUGAGUGAUCAGGCUAUGGAAGAUUCUGUAAAUAAUGCAAACUUAAAACAGCAAAUGUCUGAACAACAAAAUGUCGUUGAUGGACAAGAAAGUGAAAUGAAACAAUUAAGAUUGGAAUUAGAACAUAAAUCAGAAAGAAUAGAUGAAGUUGAAAACAAAAACAUUAAACUUGCACAAGAGUUAGCAGUUGCAAAUGAAAAAUUUGUAAGUAUGUCUGAAGAAUUUACACAAACAUCAUUUGCUUUGAAAGAAUCAAAGCUGGCUUUGGAUCAUCAUGAGAAAACUGUACUUGAACUAAAUACUAUUCAACAGUCCCUGAAAGAUGAAUUGAAUAAGUCAGAAAUUCAAUAUACAGCAAUGAAGGUUGAACUUGAGCAAGAAAACACUCAACUGAAAAACAUAAUUGAUGCAAAAAGUGAAGAAAAUGUGAAAUUAAAUGAUGAAUUGUCUCAUAUUAAAGAGAGCUAUGAAAAGACUGAAAAAUCUUUAGAUUUGAUCCGUGAAGAAAAAGAACAAUUAAAGCUAGUUGAAAUGGAGUUAAAGCAACAGGUAGAAGAAUUAGAGUUUGCAGUAUCUGAAGGUAAAAAGGAAAUUACUGAAAAGUCAGACAACCUAACCAUUUUGCAAACAGAAAUACAAUCCCUGAAAGAUGAACUCAGUGAUCAGUCUGUAGAAGAAGCUGUGAAUAAGGCAAAUACCGAUCAGGAAUUAGACCAUUUAAAGAAUACUGUAGAAAAUAAAGAUACAGAAAUAAGUGAAUUGAAUUGUGAACAAUUGAAACUUAAGGAUGAGUUAGAAAGAAAAACAAAUCAACAUGAAGAAGCUGAAAAUAUGAACAAAGAACAACAGUCUAUGAUAUUUAAGUUCCAACAUGAAAUCAAAGAGUUGGAAAAUACAGUUGUGGAAAAAGAUCAAAGGUUUGAGUCAUUGAGUAAGGAGUUGGAACAUGCAAAUGAAAAAUUGGAAACCACUGAUAAGCAUAUAACAGAGGUAACUAAGGAGAAAACUAACAUUGAAUCUUCACUGCACAGUUUAAAAACAGAAUUUGAAGCAUUAUCUACCACAAACUUGGAAUUAUUGAAUGAAAAUGAAAUCAUGGGCAAGAAAAUGAAGUCUCUCGAAUCUGAAAAUAUACAACUGAAAGAUGAUCAGAGUGAACACAGUAUUCAAAUAUCCGUAGAUAUUGCCAAGAUGAAACAGCAAAAUGAGGAAUAUAGAAACAUCAUUGAAGGUAGAGAUAAUGAAAUCAAAGGUCUCAUUGAUGAGAGAGAUCAUUUAAGGGAAGAUCUACAGAAUAAAGACAGUGCAUUAGAGAAAACAAGCUUUGAGAAAGUAGAAUUUGAGAAGCAAUAUUUGUCAGGGAAGAAUGAAAUUGAGGUUUUAAAAUGCUCUUUGGAAGAUAACCUGGCAUUAAAAGAGAGAUCUGAUUUAAGAGUAACAGAGUUAGAAUCUGAGAGGGCAGCUCUUAAAGAUGAAUUAUGUAGUCUGCAGUCAAGUGAAAAGUCUUUAACAGCAAAAAUUAAUAUGGAGAAAGAGGAAACAAAAAAUAUACUUGAUGGACAAAAGGAAGAAAUAGAAAACCUCAAAUCUGCUUUAGACAGAGAGAAACACCUGUCAGAUACAUAUCAGGGAAAAAUUACUCAAGCAGAACAAUUGCAUAAUGAGCUUGAAGAAAAACUGACAAAAUUGACAUCAGAUUAUGAUGAAAGUAAAUUAAAGGCACAAGAAUUUGAGGAAAAGGCCAAUGUGUAUCUGGAACAAUUGAGGAACACGCAGUCAGAAUUGAAUAGUCUUAAAGACAAGCUCAAGGAUCAAAAUGAGACUUUAGCGAGUGAAUUAGCAACACUGGAAUUGAAUAUCAUAGAAAUGUCCAAUGAAGCAGAGGGCAACAAAAGAAAAUCUGAAGAACUCGAAAUGGAGUUGUCUCAUAAAGUAAAUGAGAUUGAAAUACUGCAAACAAAACUUGACAAUGUGGAAAAAGAGUUAAAUGCAGUAGAAAGUGACAGGCUUGACAUAGCUGAUAAUUUUGAAGCUCAUAAGUUACAUACAGAACAAGUUGUUAGUGAGAGAAGUAAUGAGGUAAAGUUGCUUGAGGAGAAAAUACAGACAUUGAGUCAGACCAAUGAGAAACUAGGAAAGGAAGUUUCAAAUAUUAAUGACAUGCUAAAUAAAAAAUCAUUUCAACUACAAGUUAGCCAGGAAGACUGUGAAGAACUCCAAGAGCAGGCUCAGCAGACAGACAAAAGGGUUGAAAAGUUCGAAAAAGAAAAUGCUAACCUGGAAAAAUCAGUUGCUAAUUUAACAGAUAGAUUAACCUCAAUUGAUUUGGAAAAAACAAAUCUUGUGAGACUUGUUGAAGAGAAACAGAACAUUGUUGAUGGUAAAGCAGAGGAACUUCAGAAUGUAAAACAAGAAAUGGAACAUUUAGAAGAGACUUUGACAAAAUACCGCACAACGCUUGAGAGAAUUGAAGACCAGAUGAUUGAAAGUAAGACUGAAAUAACUCAGCUGCAGCAGAGCCAGGAUACAAAUCACUUCACACUCGAAGAAGAUAAAAGAUUGUUAAAUGAAGAAAAGAUAAAGCUUGAAGAAAUAAUCAAUGAAAAACAGGGAAAAUUGGAUGAAUAUGAGUCAUUAAUAGAGGAGUAUAAAUCAUCACUGGAAAAUGCAAAGUGUAAGGUGCAGUGCAUUCAAGAAGAAGUUGAAAGGGUCAAUGAAGAGAAUUCAACAGCUUUGAAUAAAAUUAAUCAUCUUGAAGAAGAGAAUAAGUCCUACAGUAGCAAACUUGAUAAAAUGAACAGCAUUAUGUCAAACAGUCAAUCUGAACAACUAUCCUCUCAGACAAGACUAGACGAAACAAGCUUUCAGCUGAAAGAAGCUUUAGCAACUUUAACAGAGAAAGAUGAAAAAAUCAGUAUGCUAGAUAAUAGCAUAAGUAAACAUGUUGGUCUUAUUGAAAACUGGGAGUUGAAAUACAGUGCCAUAGAAACAGAAUUAGUAAAGAAACAGGAAGAAAUAGCUGCCAUGAAACAUAGCUUAUCUGUAAGUCAAUGUCAGGAAAAAGAGCAGCAAGAACACAUUGCGAGACUUAACAAUGAAAUAGUAAGUUUGAAGGAUUCCUCAAAUCAGGCUCUAGUUGAUACUGAAGUGAAUUAUGCACUAUUAACGACACAAGUCAAAGAACUAUCAAAUUGUACACAGGCGCAAAAGACAGAAAUAAAUGAGUUAGAAAACGAAAUCACAAGCCUCAAAAACAAUCUGUUAGAAACACAAGAAUGUAAGGAAAAUAUUGAGAAAGUUUUAGAAGAAAAAGAUUUGAAAAUAACAGAAAAUGAGCAGGAAAUAAGAGAGCUGAAGUUCUCUUUGAAUCAGUUGAAAUUAGAGGCUGAUGAGUUAAUGGAAAAAUUGUCAUCAAGAGCCUCAGAGCUUGAAGAAUUGAAAGAAAAAAGUCAUAAAAGUGAUACAGAUUUAAGUGAGACACAAGCAAAAAUAAAUAUAGAGCUUACACACUUAAAGAACACUCUAGCAGGUAAAGAUAAUGAAUUAGAAAGUCUACAAAUACAACUUGAAGCAGCCAAUGAAAAAUUAGCUUCAUUGCAGGAGACAAAUGAAAAUGUUUCAAAAAAGCUAUUUGAUAGGGAUAAUGAGUUUAUUUAUUUACGAGACCAGAGUGCAUCAGACAAAUCAACAUUAGAGAACAAGGUCAAAUCCCUUGAGCAUGAAAUUGAAUUGCUGGAAGACACUUUGCAAAAUACAGAAAAAGUGCAGAAAAAACUCUUGAGUGAAAAAGAGGAGUUUGAAAACAAAGUUGAAACUCUAGAAUCGACCACUUGUAAUUUGAAGCACGAGUUAGAGGAUGCAUUAAAUGAAAGAAACAAAAUUUUCUCACAAUUGAAUGACUUGGAAGAUGAAAAAUCUGAAUCAACAUUGAAAUUAGAUGGUAUUGAACAGGAGCUAAGAAUCUUAAGAUCUGAGAAAGAACAGUAUGAGAGAAAAAUUGUAGAACGUGAACAAGAACUGCAAUCCACUCAGGUAUUUUCUCAAAACUUACAGAGUCAGCUAGACCAAGUAGAUGGUGAUUACAAAAGUCAACAAGAAAAAAUAUAUGAGUUAUCUCAGGCAAAACUUGAACUAGAGGAUAGCCUUCAACAAGCAAAACUAGAAAUAGAAAAGUUAAAAUUGGAGUCAAGAGAUGAAAAAUCAGUGCAAAGAAAUCAGCUUGAAGAAGCUUUGGAGAAAAACAAUGAAUAUCAAGAAAAUAUUUAUAGACUGCAAGAUACAAUAAAAAAUAGAGAAAGUGAUAUUGCUUGUCUGCAGCAGGAAAAGCAAGAUAUUGAAAAGGACUUGAAAUCUGUGACAUUUGAGCUUGAUAACUGCAAGAAGAAAAUAGACAUUAUCGACGGUCAGAUAUAUGACUUCAAUAAUACAAUUGCUGAAAAGAAUGAGAGAAUAUCAGACUUUGAGCAGAAAAUAGAAUCUUUGUCGGAAGAGGUUGCAAAAGAAAGUAGGCUAAAGGAUAAGAAAGAUGAAGAAAACAAUAAAAUUACCCGUGAAUUAGAAGACAUAAAGUCUUGCAUCAGUGAUUUAGAAGACCAGUUGGUGAAUGAAAACAAAGAACAACAUGAUCUGAAGGAAAGAAUUGAUAAUCUACAAUUAGAAAUCACUAGAAUGGAAAAGGAGAGUUUAGAAAGAGAACAGACCAUAAAAUCUCUACAAACUUUGAAGGAUGAAAAUGUUGAAAAAAUCAAGUGUUUAGAAGAGGAAUUAUCAAUAGAAUUAAAAUUUUCUACAGAUAUUGUGAACAAACUAGAGAAGGAGUCUGCAAACUUCCAAGUGGAAUCUUCACAGAGAAGUAAUGAGACUGAUAUGCUUUCUGCUGAUCUUAUAGAAGCUAAAGAACAAAUCAAAUUAUUAUGUGGCGAAAAAGAGGACAUGUCAUCCAGAUUAACAUGUUAUGAAGAAAAGUGUGGUUUGUUGAAUGAAAAAUGUACUUCAUUUGAAUCAGAGGUUGAGAACCUGAAGUUAAGUGCAUCAGUGAUGCAAGAGGAGUUAAAUGAGAGUGAGAAGAAGAGUAAGGAUCAGUUGAAUGAAAUAUGUAGACUUCAGUCAAACAUUGAUAAACUUGAAAACGAGUUGAGGUCUUUAGAAAGUGAAAAGGAAGAGCUUGAAGGAGUGAUUGAAUAUACCAGUUUUGAGACUGCAAUUAAAGAGGAUGAAGUUGCUACUCUUAGAACUGAUCUUAAGGAAUCUGAGGGAAAGAACAAAGAACUACAGGAAUCUCUCAGUAUGGCACAGAAAGAAUACAACUCAACUAUUGAAAAAAUGAAAGAAUUGGAAGAUAUUCUUACAAAGCUACAAUCUGAAAACAGUGAUUUGAAAAUUGAGUUAGAAGAGAAAGAGACUCUAAAAAAAGAAAGUUCAAUAGAAGGUGAUGAGAUGCAAAAGAAAUUAAGAUCUCUAGAGAGUGAUAUUGAAACAUUAAAAGAUGCAAUGGAGUCCUUAGAAUUUGAAAAUUAUAGUUUACAAACUGAAAAAGAGACAUUUGAAAAGACAGUAAGGCAGUUAGAAACUGAAAAAUCUGAAAAGAAUAGUGAAAAUGAAGUGUUGAAACAAUCUUUGUAUAAGAUGGAGGAAAAGAUAGAAGAAAUGAAUUCCAAACACACAAUGGCACUAGAGUUAGUGAAUGAAGAAACUGCAAUUCAAGAAUUAGAAGUACUCCUUGCAGACAAAGACAAGGAAAUUCCUCAACUUGAGGAAAAACAUCAAGCAAGAAACAACGAAUGUGAGGGUCUAGAAAAGAGGAUUAGCCAACUUAGCAUGGAAGCUGAAAAAUUAAAAGAGAUAAAUGUUGACCUUGUCAACACUCAGAAUGAACAAAUGAAAGAGCUUGCCAGUGUCUGGGUCGAAAGAGAUAGCUUGCAGAUAGAACUCAUUAAGCAAGGAAAGCACCAAUCAGCACUAGAUUUGGUUGUUAAGAAACUAAAACGAGAAAGAACUGACCUUCAAGACAAACUCCUUGUUAUGGAAAAUGAACAGGCGGAAAGAGAUGCUACGAUAGAGAAGCUACAAUCAGAUCUUAGUUCACUGUCGAAAGAAAAAGAUGAGGUUGAUAAACUCAGGUCGGAGAAUGAAGCAUUGAAGUUGAGCAAGUCUCGGGUGAAACAGUUACAGGAGGAGAUGGGUGAGUUGAAGAAGCAACUGGAAGGUCAGGUGAAGUCUGGUGACAAUGACCAGUGUAAAGAAGAGUAUGAAAAGACUCUAGAGAAAUGGCAAAGUCGGUGUUCCAAGCUGAACUGUCAAUUAUUACAAGAGAAGAAAAACAUCACAAAGUACCAGGAACAACUUAAGAUUGUCAAAGCUGAAAUAGAGCUAAAGGUAUCUGAGAAGACAGAGAAUUUAGUGAGUGAGCUGAAGUCUGCUAAGGAAGAGGCUAAUGAGUAUUUAUGUAAAUACCACACCCUCACUAAACGCUACACACUUCUAGAGGAGCAAAAUAGGAAACAGAUGAACACUGCAGGUUCCGGACCAGUUAAAGGCAGUGGUACGCAGGGUAAUUUUGAUAAGAUGGAUACAGCGGUGAAGCAGGAGCCUGGUGAGACAUUUACCAGUGAACAGACAGAUAGAUCACAGCUUACAGAUACUGGCCCCAUAGCUAAAAGGCUAAGGCACUCUGAUCAGGGUAUACAAGAUACUGUGACGAAGCUUAUUGAGGAGGAGGAAAAAACACCACGGAGGAAAAGUCCCCGAUCCCUCUCGCGUUCAAAGUCAAAAUCUGACGCUUCAUCUGCCUCCAAAACAACUCCUGUGACAAAAUCGGCCAGUGCUGCCACACCCAGUCCCAGAACAACUGAUAACCACUCGAACAUUUCAGAUAACCAGUCCAAUAAAAGUGCAAUAGUUAAUAAACCAGUCUCAAACACAUUAAGUACACAGUCUGAAAAAUCUGUAUCACUGACUCAUAAGAGACCAAAAGGGCUCCGACCAACAAGAAAUCAAACAACUGGUCAGACGGCAGUGUCUACUGUGACAGUACAUUGUGAUUCAAGUGAUAAAGACAACAGUGUUUCAAAGUCACUGUUAAAGAAGUCGGACAGUAUCAAUGAUUCUGGGAAGGAAACAAGCAUGCUCUCCAUGAGUACCCUCGGUCAUCUUACAGCGAAAGAAGGUCCAUCAAAACUGAAUGAAACUUCCCAGUCAAUACUUAAGAAAAAUCCCCUGGGAACGAUUACCAAUAGUCCUGUGAAGAAACAGCAGUCCACCAGUGAUAGUUCAUCAAGUAAAAUUGCCGGUCCCCAGCGUGUACUUAGUUUGAAGAAAUCGCCCUUCAUGAUGAGAACCAGACGAAAGGCUGAACAGCAGGAACAGAACUCAUUGACGGAGCAAGAAGAAAGUCCAGCUGAGUGUAAAACGUCAUAAUAUGAACAUUGCAUAUUGUUGUACAUAUAUUUUAAUAUGUUGAAAUGAAAACAAGUUUUUUUAUCCAAUCAUUGGAUUCUUAUGACAUAGUUAUAGUUAAGUAUCGUUUUUCUAUUGUUGUUUUUCUAUAUCUUAAUUUUUUUGUGUAGUGAAAUCAAUGUUAAACUGUAACAGAAAAAUAUAAAUAAUAAUUUUUGCAUCUGUUUUACCCUCUAGGUGAGUAAU